AUGUACCCGAAGGAUAGGCAUCUGGUAUGGGUCCUGCUAGUGACAGCAGGACACCUGUUGGCGCGGGUCUCCAGUGCCACCGAGCAAGGUGCUGGGCCGAGUGCACGAAAGCUCAACCAUGGUGGGUUGGCCACCAUGCACCACAACCACCUUAUGCUGCCGUCCGAUGGCUUCGGACAGAGUGUGAAAUUCCCCAGCAGCCCCAGUAGUGUACCGCACGUGCCGUAUGCUAUUCCGGCCGCUUGGCGCAUUUCAGCCACAGUCAGCACACCCCUGGCCAGCAGUUGGGACGUGAGGAAACCGCUCGCGAAACCAUCGCGAAGUGGCACUGGAGGUAGCCGGAGCCGGAUCAACAAUCGGUCAAUGACUCGCUUCUCGGAGGUCGAAAUUCCACCCGGGCUCGAGCAGCAACUGGGCGCGCCAGAACUGCAGAGGCCCGAAGCGGGCGAGGAGACCGGGCUGGUGGAGUUGUACCGCAGUGCGGAAAGAUCGCGCGGGAUCGAGAACCUCUUCUGGAAGUACUUCGUCGAUAAUGACGUUUCCGCCUCCACCGAAGACGACGAUGAUGAUACCGGUGUCGGUGGCAGCGACAGGAACGCAAUCGCCAGCCCACAGCCGGACGACCAAGAAGGGGACGCGUUGGGGAAGGGUGAGGAGGGCCGCAAGAAGAAGUUUCACCUGAAGAAGAAGUACAAAAAGUUUCUAAUACCGCUGCUGUUGGCGUACAAGAUAAAGUUCCUUGCACUGGUUCCGGCCAUCAUCGGUGGGUUGAUACUGUUGGUGAAGUCAGCCGGGCUCGCCGGGUUCUUCUUCGCGCUCUUCACGGCCGUGGUCAGCCUGAAGAAGUACUAG